UUUUAUUUUAUACAAACAUUGUGAAAGUAUAUGAGGUACUUGACAUUUUUUUGUAAUAGGUUCUUAGAAGUGCUGAGAGCUCAGAUUGCAUCAUUGGAUGAGCUUGACAAAGAUAUUCGAUGGAAUCAUUUGUAUUUUGUUGGACAUAGCCUUGGAGCACAUUUGAGUGGCCAAACUGCUCAUUUAUUAAAACAAAAUGAUUUUUGGAAAAUAGAACGUAUUACAGGUUUGGAUCCAGCUCAACCUUGUUUUAUCAAUAAUGACUUGAGCAUGAGGCUUAGCAAGGACGAUGCAGAUUUUGUGGACAUUAUACACACACAAACAGACAUUAAAGGCAAUAAUGAUGCUCUUGGAAUUAAUGAAGAUCUAGGCCAUAUGGAUUUCUACGUCGAUGGCGGUGUGAUGCAACCAAAAUGUGUAAAUUCGUUCUUUAGUGUAGAAUUGAGUCAAAUGGUCUGCAGUCAUAAUCUCUCAUUGAUUUAUUAUAUCGAAUCAAUCGUAAAUUCGAUAGCUAGCACUUGCAAAUUUCUUGGGUUAUCCAUGGAACUUGCAAUGAUGCAUUUCAUAAAUUAAAAUUGAGAAUGA